AUGGAAGAACUUCAAAAGAAAAGAAAAUCGAGGUGGGGGGACGUAGAAAAAAAAAGCGAUGAUAAAACGGAAGAAUCAAGCAAUAAGGCAAUUAAUCUUUUAGAAGAUUUAAGUUUAAAUUCUAAUUCUCAAUUGAUUAGUAGUGCCUCGAGCUUGCCAUCACAGUUUCCAAACAGUGCAUUAAACUUCCCAGUAUUAUCAUCUACGAUUCAUUUAAAUAUACUGAAAGCAACUGAAGCAGCUAAAUUAGCUAUAGAGAAAGCAAAAAGAGCAAGUAGGUUUAAGGAUGAGGCAAAACAGAAUGUAAGAAAAGUAGAAUUUGUACCAAAACCAUUAAAAUUUGAUGAACAAGGAAGAGAAAUAGAUGAAGAGGGGAAUGUUAUCAGUAUAAAGCCCAUAACUUAUUCCACUUUAAAAGUGAAUAUAAACAAAUUAGAAGAAAAUAAUCUUUUAAAAAAAAAAAAUGAAUUAUUAAAUAAAAUUGGUGAAGAAUAUAUAAAUGAGGAUCUAAAAUGGUUCGAUUCGAGAAUAAAAAAUGUUCAAAAAAAUGCACUUAAUUUUAUUACACCAGGUUCCUUUAUCAAAAGACAAGCGCAUUCUAGAAAUUUUAAUAGUAAAACUCUAAUGAAUUUUGAUUUAAAAAAAAUAAUAGAAGAGAAAAAAAAAGUGCAAACUUUCCAAGAAUUGUCUUUGAAUUUUUUAAAUGAUGAUAUAAACACAAACAUUAAUCCAAAUUUAAUUGAUAUAAACAACAAACAUUUACCGAAUAAAAGAGAAUGGAAUGAUGAUGAAAAAUACAACAUUAUAGAAAAAUGGGAUAUGAUCCUAUUUAAAAAAAUAGAAAAUAGAGAAAAUUUAAAGGAAUAUAUUGAUGAGCAAAUAGAUAGCUGGCAUGAUACAGUAAAUAGUGAGCAUAAUGGGAAAGAGGCAGAGGAAAAGGAAGAUAAGAAGGAGGUAGAAAACGAAGACGACAAGAAGGAAGAAAAGGGAGAAAAAUACAUAUAUGAAAACGAAAAAGACAGUUCUAAGAACAAUUCCCUUGCUGCUAAUCUUGGUAGCGGUAUAAUAAAAAAGAAUGACACUACUACAGGGUAUUGUAACAGUGACAACUAUGUGAUAAUAAAUAAAUUAUUAAGCAAAUGUAGUAUCAAUAUUUUACUUUUAAAAAAUAAUGAAGUUAUAAUUAAUGAUGAUUUGUACCGAAUUAAUAUGAAAAAAAUUACAAACUACAUAGAACAUCCAGUACCUUUAAAUGAAGACAAAAAGGAACAGAUAACUACUCCGUAUAUGUUUUUAACACCUGUAGAAAGGAAAAAAUUAAGAAAAAGAAAAAGACAAGAAAAAGAAAGAGAAAAACAAGACAAAAUUAGAAUAGGGUUGAUUCCUCCACCUCCACCUAAGAUGAAAUUAUCAAAUUUAAUGAGAGUUUUGGGGGAUAAUGCAGUUGCUCAUCCAUCGAAAAUGGAACUAGAAGUAAGACAACAAAUGAAGGAAAGAGAAUUAAGACAUUAUGAACAAAACCAACAAAGGAAAUUAAAACCAGAAGAAAAAAGUAAAAAAAAAAUUAACAAAUGGAAAUCUAAUCCAAGUGAGGAAAACGAAGUAUUAGUUAUAUAUAUCACUAAUUUGUCUAAUAAAAAACAUAUUUUUAAAAUUGAUAUAAAUGCACAGCAAUUGCACUUAACUGGUGUUUGUGUUAUGACAGUUUUAUACAACUUUAUAAUUGUCGAGGGAAAACAUAUAUCUAUUGAGAGAUAUAAAAGAUUAAUUUUUAGAAGAAUAAAAUGGAAUGAAGAUGAGGGUGAAGAGGAGGAAGAUGAUGAAGAUGAAAAAGAAAAAGGAGAAAGAGAAAGAAAUAAAAUGAAAGAAACAUUUGAUUCUGCUGACAAUUUUCAAAAUGAUAGUUCAAACAUUAAUUUGAACCAAGGCUGUAACUGUAGUUUAAUUUGGAGUGGUACUGUUAAGCAUAAAAACUUCUCCAACUGGAAGUUACUUAUUGCUAAAACGGAGGUAGAAGUAACAGACUAUUUAAAGGAGCACAGUGCACUACACUAUUACCACAUAGUCAGGAAGCAUAGAAACGUGCUUGACGAUAUUUAA